GAGUCGCACCACAACCGAGCUCGCGGGCGCACGCAUGUCACGCACUCUUACCCUAGUGUAAACUAUUCAUCACUCACGCUCCAUAAAAGCAAAAACGGAAUCACAAAUAGUCGAAUGUGACCACAUGGAAAGUGAAAGCACCGUACGUGCGUAAAUAUACUGUACUAAAAAAAGUGCCGCAGUCAGUGAAACCAGUGAAAAGUUUUUCGCUACGCGGGGGAGCCACCCCUCGCCGUCACGAAAAAUCGGCCCCUCGCGUCCCUCGCUCGCCGCCGCCGAACUUUUCAUUCACCGGGGAAAAAAGUGUGGCAAGGCCGUCGUGACGUCACCGCGUCAAGUGGCCACGCGCUCGUUCCCUAGCAACGAGUGGUGUAGGAAGUGAGUGGAAGUGCGAGAUGGCAGUGCUCAGCGAAGGUGGUUCUUGCUCGCGAUGGUUGCCGGCACGGCGGGACGCGUGACAUGUAGCUUCGGCGGGCCUGGACUAUAUGUGCAGCACGCAGCGCGCGCGCGUCGCGAGGAUGCACCUCACUGGCGCGAGUUCGGGCGCCGUGUCGCCUGACACCAGCUCCACGCUCCUCCACGAAACCUACACAAAGAUGACAUCAGAUAUCCUAGCGGAACGAACACUUGGCGACUUCUUGUCCGAACAUCCAGGAGAAUUAGUUCGGACAGGCAGUCCCCACUUCGUGUGCACGGUGCUACCUCCGCACUGGCGAUCGAACAAAACACUGCCGGUAGCUUUUAAAGUAGUUGCUUUGGGGGAUGUGGGCGACGGAACUCUUGUGACAGUGCGAGCAGGAAACGACGAGAAUUGCUGCGCGGAGUUGAGAAACAGCUCGGCGGUGAUGAAGAAUCAAGUGGCUAAAUUCAAUGACUUAAGAUUUGUCGGCCGCAGCGGGCGCGGAAAAUCGUUCACGUUAACGAUAACAAUAUCAACGACGCCACCACAAGUGACAACCUACAACAAGGCCAUUAAGGUCACCGUCGACGGGCCAAGGGAACCUCGAUCAAAAACCAUGUUGUCUCUCCUAGGGCAGCAGCAGCAGUUUCACUUCGCAUUUGGCCAGCGACCUUUCCCGUUCCCGCCUGACCCACUAGGAGGGUUCCGAAUGCCACCCAUCACUACGUGCCAGAAUAUGAGUCAAUUUGGCUUAAGUUCGAGUAACACGCACUGGGGUUACGGCGGCGCGGGUGCAUACCCUGCUUACCUACCAUCAUGCGCGGCACCUGCGGCUUCGCAGUUCAAUCCCCCAGCGUUGGGCUUCACUGGAUCUGUGCCCGAACAGACGCCCACACAAGAUUUCACAGCAAAUAAUACUGUUUUACCAGAUACGACAGGUGUGGAUUUAGACCAGCAACUGUCUGGUCUAGUCGGCACAUCACCGUCUCACCACGGGAGUCUCUUGCCCCGGUACAACAAUAAUGCUGACUACAGCCUCUCAACAGGACCUCGCUCGCUCAGCGAUAACAGCUCACAACCAGAAUCACCUGUACAAGACGACAUCCUCAGUUCUAAUACCACGACAAACAUCGGACAUAAUCACACAAACACCGCAAACUUUUCGUCCCUCAUGGGAACACAAAACUCGUCUUAUAGUAGCAGUAAUUGCAACAACUCGCUUUACCCUGUCUUACCAGCAAGUUUACUCUACAGUCAGUUGUAUACAGCUGCAAAUCAGACGCAUAAUUUUCAUCCUCUACACUCUAAUUCAAUACAUUCAACGCAAAAUCACCACAACGAGUUGCAGACGAUGAUGGAUCAGAUUUCUUCGACGACUAACAAUCAUAGACAGCAUGGGAGCCAUGGACAAGGAGAGUUGUUACUUGGUGCAGGGAAUUCAUGUGCGGCCGCGGCGGCCAGAGGAGAGGAUGGUAGGGUUAACAGUCUAGGACAAAGGGGUAAUCCUCAACCUGAUAGUAACACAGUAUGGAGGCCAUACUAAAAUAAUAAUUUAUGAUUAUUUAUGUUUUCGAGGAUGUUCGAAAAAUGCAAGAUGUUAAAUGUCUAUGAAGUUGUGAUAACAUUAUAAAUCUUAAAGUGAAAGAUUUCAUAACGUCUUGUAUUCAUUAGUUAUUAUUACGUUAGAUUAAAAAUAGUGCAACGAAGUAGAGUACCGUUUAGGUAUGGUUAUUAUGUUGAUGUAAAUUGUAUGGGUAAAAUGACGAUUAGUUAAAUUUUUAUAUAAAUAUGCGUUUUUAAAAAUUCGUUCCCGUCCUAAAUAUAUACGACUUCCAUUCACUUUGUGGUGAAUCAACUGUUUGUUAGUUUGAAGUGUUUAUUUUCUUAUGAAUAAAGCGUAAAACUAUUGUCGACUUAGAAGUAUAUAAAAUAAAUCUCAUGACAUUUUUAGUUUCAACAUUACUAAUUAAAAAGACCAUGAAAAAUACCCGUGAUACAUUCGAAUUUCUUUCAAAGUUUUAAAAUUGUUUAUUUCACAAGAUCCUCAAAAUAAACAGAAAAAUUUUAAAGGAACAUAUCAAAACUGUUUUCCGAGACCCACAAACACAAUAAGUACAAUUUAUUAUUUCUUGGACUAUGUAAAUAAAAAUGUGAAUAAGUUGUUGUAAAUGCAUCUUGUAAAGUGCAAUAGAUGUGCUAUUAUGAAGUUGAGUAGAUAUAUAUUAAAUUAAGAAGUAAGCACAUUAACUGUUGAUUAGUAAGGCAUGUCCAUUUUGUACAUAAAUCUGUCCACAGCUAUUUUAAUGUACCUAUCGUUUCUAAUUCGCUGUGUAAUUAAGUAUUUUUGUUAUUAAAAGUGCCAAAGAGAUUUGAUUACGUUAUACUAAGUUAUUAUUGUAUCUUCUACUCAUAUGUUAGUUAAAACUAUUCAUAAUUUAAAGAAAUUUGAACCUGGAAUAUCAAUGUUACUAAUAAACAUUUGUUUUCCAAAUCCAUUGUGUGCAAUUUGAUUAACAGCAGAAUUCUAAAUUAAGUGACUAUUUUUAUAGUUAGAUUUAUUGAUAACUUCUUUAUUAAUAUGUUUUAUAUAUCUUGCAUUGCAAUUUACGAUUUUUUAAUUUAAUUUCAGUUUCUCGUUGUAUUUCUGUUGACUACAAGUAGCGGAAAUGAUUUUACGUUAAAUAAAUUGUAU